AUGCCUGAGCGCCCAGCCAGCCGUCACUUCGAGUCCUCGUCCUCCUGCUCCUCGUCAGACUCCGACCUCUCCAGCACGUCGGCAUCGGCACCACGACUCAGCAUGGACGCUAUCGCCGUUCAACCAUCACAGGUGGCUUCGGUCGAGAUCCUCCGCUGCAUGCGCUGCGCGCGCGCCGUGGAGACCACUUCGACAGACGACGCGGCCACCAUGGGCAUGGUUCGCAUCUCGCACAACCUCUACUACUGCGAACGCUGCGCCAAGAUGGUCGGCUAUAAAUGA